AAUGUAAUUGGACUCGAGAAACACUGCUGUUGCUGUAAUUGCAUUGUUCAUAAUUUCACUUUUAUUAUAUUUAUUUUCCAUUUAUUUUAAUUUAUUUUUUGAAAUUCAUUGUUCUUGAUUUGAUAAUAAUUCUCAUCCAAUUCCCUUUCUUGACUUUCACGAUAUUUCGUGGUGUUUUUUUUUGAGAGAGAAAAGGAAUAAAGGAGAGAAAAAAAGAGGGGCAAAAGAAAAGCUUAUUUUGUUGAAACCCUAAAAUUUUAUGCUCUUUUGAAAUUUUUUUUUUGGAUCUGCUUCAAUGGAGGCUGGUUCAGAAGGUGAGAAUAAUCAGAUCAAUAAUCCGAAUAAGAAUGUUAGUAGUUCCAAUGAAGGCAACGUUAAGCCUAAACGACAAAUGAAGACUCCGUUUCAACUCGAAGCUCUGGAGAAAGCUUAUGCUCUGGAGACUUAUCCAUCGGAAGCGACGCGAGCGGAAUUGUCGGAGAAAUUGGGAUUAUCGGAUCGGCAGUUACAGAUGUGGUUUUGUCACCGGAGAUUGAAAGAAAAGAAGGAUACUCCUACGAAAAAACCGCGAAAAGUUGCUGCGUUACCGCCAGAAUCUCCAAUCGAUGAGUUGCGGGCCGGGCCGGGUCCGGACUAUGGAUCAGGGUCAGGUUCGGGGUCAAGUCCUAAUAUGGACACAAGGAAGUUGGGGGGAAGCUCUUCUCGAGGGAUGACGGAGGAUGUGCAGACAGUCAGGAGGUAUUAUGAGUCACAACAGUCGAUAAUGGAGCUCAGGGCAAUUGCUUGUGUGGAGGCACAGUUGGGAGAGCCAUUGCGAGAUGAUGGACCUAUGCUUGGCAUGGAGUUCGAUCCAUUGCCUCCUGAUGCUUUUGGAGCAAUUCCCGAGCCACAUAAUAGGUCUGGACAUCCUUACGAGAGCAAAGUAUAUGAGCGACAUGAUGGCUGGUCAAGCAAAGUUGCUGCAAGGGCUUUUCAUGAGUAUCAGUUUCUUCCAGAGCAUUCAAGUCUUAGAUCUGAUGCAUAUGGACUUGUUACUCAGUCUCAUUUUCAUGAAUCCCCGGUCAGUGGUGUGAGGGGUAGAGCUUCACCGUUUGUUCAUGGAGAGGAACCAUUGUCCAGGAUUCAUGGCAUUCAAGGUCAUGGAUCUCGAGCUCUUGUGUUACCUCAGCAAGGAAUAAUUCCUUCAUCAUCUCAUGUGGCUGAUGAUUCUCUUGCAGAAAGGGAAUCAUUAACGAAUGGGAGAAAUGCUCCGUCUAUUUGCCAUCCGGUGUUGGGGUCUGAAGAUUUAUACAUGCUGUCUGCUGAGCAAACCUUGAAUAAUGAUGCUGAUCCACGGAUCGAUAGGAAACGCAAGGUGUCUAGCUUGAGUGAUGAAACUAGAAUUGCAAAGGAAGUUGAGGCACAUGAGAACAGGAUUCGUAAAGAGCUUGAGAAACUAGACCAUAAAAGGCGAAAGAGUGAAGAGAGGAUGAGGAAAGAAAUGGAAAGGCUUGAACGUGAAAGAAGGAAGGAAGAAGAGAGGUUGAUGCGUGAGAAGCAGAGGGAAGAAGAGAGAACACAACGAGAGCAGAAACGUGAAAUGGAAAGAAGACAAAAGUUUUUGCAGAAAGAAUACUUGAGAGCUGAGAAAAAGAGACAAAAGGAAGAGCUGCGAAGAGAGAGAGAGGAGGAGAGACGUAGAGUUGCCAGGGAAAAGGCUACUGCACGGAAAAUUGCUAAAGAGUCUAUGGAUCUUCUUGAAGAUGAACAGCUAGAACUCAUGGAGUUGGCUGCUGCUAGGAAGGGAAUAUACUCAAUUAUUCAUCUUGAACAUGAUACCUUGCAAAAUCUUGAGUCAUUUAGAGAUUCAUUAAGCGUGUUCCCGCCCAAGUCUGUGCAAUUGAAAAGACCAUUUGACAUUCAACCGUGGAUUGAUUCAGAGGAGAAUGUUGGGAAUCUUCUCAUGGCAUGGAGAUUUUUGAUUACUUUUGCUGAUAUUCUCAGACUAUGGCCUUUUACUCUUGAUGAGUUUGUCCAAGCUUUUCAUGACUAUGAUUCAAGGUUGUUGGGUGAGAUUCAUGUUACUCUUUUGAGAUCAAUAAUAAAAGAUAUUGAAGAUGUUGCAAGAACACCAGCAACUGGAUUAGGGAUGAAUCAGUACUGUGCUGCCAACCCUGAAGGUGGACACCUUCAGAUUGUUGAAGGGGCAUAUUCCUGGGGUUUUGACAUCCGGAAUUGGCAGCAUCACUUGAAUCCACUGACAUGGCCUGAAAUUUUCCGGCAAUUAGCGAUCUCUGCUGGUUUUGGACCUCAGUUGAAGAAACAAAAGGCAACAUGGACAUACACGGGUGAUAAUGAUGAGGGUAAAGGUUGUGCUGAUGUAGUUUCUACUCUACGCAAUGGUUCAGCAGCUGAGAAUGCAUUUGCAUUGAUGCGAGAGAAGGGUCUGUUACUUCCUAGAAGAUCGAGGCAUCGUUUGACACCUGGAACUGUCAAAUUUGCAGCAUUUCAUGUUCUUUCGCUGGAGGGAAGCAAAGGAUUAACAGUUCUAGAACUUGCAGAUAAGAUUCAGAAAUCUGGACUUCGGGACCUUACAACAAGCAAGACUCCGGAGGCUUCUAUUUCAGUUGCUUUGACAAGGGAUGGAAAGCUCUUUGAAAGAAUAGCUCCUUCAACUUAUUGUGUACGACCUGCCUAUAGGAAAGAUCCCGCUGAUGCAGAGGCCAUACUAGCAACUGCAAGGAGAAAGAUUCGGCAAUUUGAGAAUGGAUUUUUAGGUGGAGAAGAUGCUGAUGAAGUUGAAAGAGAUGAGGUGGAAAGAGAUGAUGUUGAAAGAGAUGAAGACUCUGAAUGUGAUGUUGAUGAGGAUCCUGAAGUUGAUGAUAUAGCUACUCCUUCAAAUGCAAACAAAGUUGCUGACUACCCUAAGAAUGAAGUAAAUACUUGUUUAGGAAGUAAAAAUUUCCAUGCCUCAGCUGAUGAUGAAUUGGAUGUUCAGUCUGAAUUUGAUAAGGAUUUUUCACCUUUCGCUUCAAAUACUGUGAAGGUUGACAAUGAUCCAAGUAAUUCUGGACAAUAUGUUGCCAGUGAGGAGAAUGGAACAGGCAAUCCUGAUCAACAGAAUAUUGAAAUUGAUGAAAGUGAGUCUGGUGAGUCGUGGAUUCAGGGUCUUUCAGAAGGCGAAUAUUCUCAUCUUAGUGUUGAGGAGCGCCUUAAUGCCCUUGUUGCCUUAAUUGGUAUUGCAAAUGAAGGGAACUCUAUUCGUGCUGUGCUUGAGGAUCGUCUGGAAGCAGCAAAUGCUCUUAAAAAGCAAAUGUGGGCUGAGGCUCAGCUGGACAAAAGUCGUCUGAAGGAAGAAUGUAUAAUUAAAAUGGAUUUUCCACCUGUCAUGGGAAUCAAGACUGACGCUCAACUGCCUAAUUCUGCCGUGGAAGGCAGCCGAAGUCCAUUUCCUGUUGCUGAUAAUAAAAAUGAUGAGGCAUCUCCAAGCAUUCCAGAAGACCAAAAACCCUUGCUAUGUUCACAAAAUGUUCAAAAUGACCUCAAUAGUUAUCCUGCUGAAAGGGCCUUGGUACUUCAAGAUGCCUCCAUGGGUCCAGAAAACUUCUCUGCUCAGCAGCAUGGAUAUGCUUCGAAAAGAUCACGCUCACAGUUGAAAUCAUACAUAGCCCACAGAGCGGAAGAGAUGUAUGUAUACAGGUCCUUACCUCUUGGCCAAGAUCGUAGGCGAAAUAGAUACUGGCAGUUUGUUGCAUCUGCUUCUAAAAAUGACCCUUGUUCCGGCCAGAUAUUUGUUGAACUACAUGACGGAAAAUGGAGGCUGAUUGAUUCUGAAGAGGCUUUCGAUGCUCUCUUGGCAUCUUUGGAUGCACGAGGAAUCAGGGAAUCUCAUUUACGGAUAAUGUUGCGAAAGAUUGAAUCCUCCUUCAAAGAAAAUGUUCGUAGGAACUUGCACUCUGCCAGGGCUAUGGGCCGAAGUGGAUACUCUGAGAAUGAAGCUUCUGAAAUUGAUUCUGGUCCUGAUUUUACUGGCAGUUUUGACAGUCCUCGUAGUGGGAUCUGUGGGUUGAAUUCUGAUGCAUCAGGGACAUUACCUUGUUUCAAAAUUCAGCUUGGGAGAAACGAAAAUGAGAGAAAGUCAGCCAUGGAAAGGUAUCAAGAUUUCCAGAGGUGGAUGUGGAAUGAAUGUUACAAUUCCUCUACUUUGUGUGCCAUGAAAUAUGAAAAGAAGAGAUGUACGCAGCUAUUGGCUGUUUGUGAUACAUGCCUUGGCUCUCAUAUGCCGGAGGAUGUGCAUUGUAGUUACUGCCACCAGACGUUUCGCGCCUUAAACAAUAAUUUUAAUUUCUAUGAUCAUGAGAUUCGGUGCAAAGAAAACAGGAAGCUAGACAACAAGGAUAAACGUACUCUCGAUUCUUCUCUCCCCAUGGGAAUCAACUUACUAAAGUCCUCUUGUGCUCUAGUUGAGGUAUCUAUUCCACCAGAAGCCCUUGGUUCAAUGUGGGCGGAGGGCCAACGAAAGAUGUGGGGCAGGAAGCUUAAUGCAUCUUCUUCCACAGAUGAACUCCUAAAGCUGUUGACACAGCUCGAGAGUGCCAUAAAACGAGAUUAUUUAUCGUCCAACUUUGAAACAACGAGGGAGUUAUUGGGUUCUAGUCUUCAGUCAGAGAAUGAUUCUUCUACUGUUUCGGUGCUUCCAUGGAUACCCCAAACCACUCCAGCUGUAGCUUUAAGGCUUUUGGAGCUUGAUUCGUCCAUCAUGUAUGUAAAACCAGAGAAAGUCGAACCUCCGGAGAACAGGGAAGCUAGAGCAUCAUAUAUAAAGCUUCCUUCAAGAACCUCUCUUUUCAUCAAGAAUAAAGAGCUUGAAUUAAAAGAGCUAGACCAAGAUGAGCCUAUGAAAGAAAACUUUACCGACCUGAGUAACAGUAAACGCAGCAGCUAUAAACGGGGAAGAGGCGCUCGUGAACAAGGAUCUGGUAGAAAGUGGCAGAGGAAAGGUUCUGGUUCCAAAUCUGAUGCCGGCAAGCAAAUUGUUGGAGAAAACAAUAAUUUAAGUUUCCAGCUCAAGCAACAAAGCCAAAGAACCGGUCAGAGUUCUGGACAUGGCCGUCGAACAGUUAGAAAGAGAGCUGAAAGUAGAGCUGCUAAUAGUACGAUCAUGGCUCGGAUGAGUGAUGUGGUUAAACCAAAGGCUGAUGCGGUAUCUGUACGAGAUUUGGAUGAAGAAUGGAGGACUGAAAGAUUUGGGAUGAUGGCAACGGUAAAUCCUCCUGAUAGUAACAGUACGGAAGAGGAGUCGGAUGACGAUGGGCAAGGUGAAGGAUACGGACAAGGAAACUGGGAGCUAGAUCUUAAUGGUGCCUCUAAUGGUUGGAGUCGAGAACCGAUGGAAGCUAGCUAUGAAGAGGAUGAUACUUAUGAAGAUGAUAAUGGCAUUGAACAGGUGGUAGAAGAAGAAUCCGAUGGUGAUUUGGAGAUGAGUGAUGCAUCAGAUGAUGUCCCAAAUGAAACUAGAAACGAUAUUGGGUUGGACUCGGCAGAUUCCGAAGAUUAUAGUGAUUAAACGAAGGGCUUUUCGAUGGAAAUUAGUUUAGAUUGUACCACUUAGGGCAUUUACACCUAAUCGUAACUUGAGCCGAAUUUGAGUUUAGUAAUACCCAGCUCAAACGACUUGAAAAGCUUUGAGCUUUUUAUUUUUAACAUGUAUUUCAAUGUUUUUAUAUUAUUAUAUGUGAAUAUUAUUAACUUUAAGCUUAUUAUUGAGCUGAUUCAGCUAA